CUCACUCAAUCAUUCGAUAAAUAACAUAGUUGACGGACAGCACUAUAGUGACAACGUGCAGUAGCGACUAUUUUUUAUCUUCAAUUUGCUCAGGUGGUUUGCAAUUUAAAAUGUUUGUAGUUCAAUUUUCGGUUGCGAAAGAAUUUAAUAAAAUACCACAUCUAAAGCCGGAAGAUAUUGAAACAAUUCGAAAUUGGCUGAAAACACAGCCACAUCUUCCCAAUCAACAAGUGACGGAUCUAGACAUAGUAUUGGCAUACCAUUGUUGCGAAUAUAAUAUGGAAUUGACAAAGCAGGUGAUUGACCUCAACUAUACUCUUAGGACGAUGUUCUCAUUCUAUUCGAACAGAGAUAUAAACAAGUCUUUAGAACUUGCUCUUCAUACAUGGUUAAUAACCCCAUUACAGACAGUAACACCUGAAGGGUAUCGAGCUGUUUAUUGUCAGUUGUUAGAUGAUGAUCCAAAGAAAUCUGUAUACAGUGACUUAGUAAGGGCUUUCGUUAUGAUACUUGAUCUCUGGCAAUAUGAAGAGGGUACUGUACCAGGAAUAAUAAUCAUUGUAAACAUGGAUAAAGUAACACUAAACCACAUAACUCGAAUUGAUCUUAAAGUAGCACAAGAGUUUUUCUAUUUCAUACAGGAGGCCAUGUUCAUUCGCCUUAAAGAAUUUCAUUUCAUAAAUGCACCUGUUUUUGUGGAUAAAAUGCUUACUAUGAUGAAACCUAUCAUGAAAAAGGAGAUGCUCGACUUGCUGAAAGUCCAUCAAGUGGGUUCAAAUACUUUAGAACAAUACAUUCAUUUGGAAACUUUACCAAAAGAUGCUGGAGGCCAUAAUGAAAAUUCACAAGAAUUAAGAGAUAAAGUAUGGAACAAAUUAAAGUUAAAUAAGAAGUUUUUUGAGGAAGAAUCAAAGAAAAGAGUGGUUGAAUCGAAAAGACCAGGUCAGCCCAAAACAAUUAGCACUAUCUUCCCAGGACUAGAAGAAUCAUUUAAGAAUUUAGAAAUCGAUUGAUGUUAUUUACUAUCCAAUGAUUGUAUAUUAAAGUAACCCUGA